UUUUAGUCAGCUGAAUUUGCACGAUGAAGGCGGCCGUGUGCAUGGCAGCCCUGGCGCUGCAGUUUGGCCUGCAGCCGCUACUGAACCGUGCUUUCGCAGGCCAUGUCGCCAGCCGCACGAUGCUCGUCGUCGUCGGUGAAGGCGCCAAGCUCCUUCUUGCCACCACCACGCUCUUGCUCAAGGCCCGGACGACGCCAGCCCUCUUGCGCCACUGGACGCUGCGUGACAGCCUUCGCCUCUCGGGGCUGCCCGCCGUGACGUACGCGAUUCAGAACGUGCUCAUCCAGCUCGCGAUGCAGCACCUCUCGCCGCUUGAGUUCAACUUGAUCAACCAGACCAAGCUCCUCUGGACGGCUCUUUUCGUCUUCCUCUUCCUCCAUAAACCCUUCUCACUCCAGCAAUGCGGUGCCAUGGGCAUGCUGCUACUGGCAUCCGUGCUCCUGUCGGCGCCUACUGCCAGCGACGUCGACGUCGAGGCCAUGACGAUUUCGUCCACGCGCUUCUACUACGGCUACGUUCCUGUCGUCGGUGCCUCCAUCUUGUCAGGCGUUGGCGCUGCGCUCACGCAGCUCUCCCUGCAAACGCAUGGUCGCGAUGCGUCGCUGGUGACGAUUGAGCUCUGUGUCUUUGGCGCUGUCUUCCUCCUCGCCAACCUCGCCGCCGCUCCCGGCGCUACCUUGGACUUUAGCGGCUGGACAACAUGGACACUUGUACCCGUGUUUACCAACGCGCUCGGCGGGCUGCUCGUCGGCACGGUGACGCAGCUCGCGGGUGGCAUCUUGAAGUCGUACGCACUCGUCGGCGGCAUCCUCCUCACGGCGGUCGCCGAGGCGCUGCUUGACACAGACGCCCCUGUGCUUUCGCUGCGCAUGGGCAUUGCGACGGCGCUCGUCAUGUCGAGCAUGAUCAUCUACAGCAAGUACCCGUACCAAGCCAAGGCCAAGCAAGUCUAG